AUGGCAAGGCCGAAGUCCGGCUCCAGGAAGCGCCUGGACCCGCAGGAGAAGAACCUGCUCGAGCAUCUCAUCAGCAUGCCGAACCUCAGCAACACGGAGAUCGGGCGAAUCCUCCGGGUGGACGAGGGCACCGUCCGCCACCGCAGGCGACAGUUCCGAGAGACCGGCACCCUGAGUCCGAAGCACACCACAAAGAACGCCGAAAAGCUCCGGCCGUGGCACCUCGAAAAAGUUCUCGAGCUGCUGGAGCGCAAUGACCAGCUGCUCAUCAAGGACAUCCGCGAGUUCCUGCACAUAGAGUAUCAUCUGGAGGUGAGCACCUCGACCAUAAGCAGGCAGCUCAAGCGCGCGCAGAAACCGCGAAACCAGAGAUCUGGCUACAAGGGAAACCAAAAACAGGCAGCAACAUCUGCCACCUCACAAAUGUCUUCGUUAGCUGAAACACCACAGUCUGCAUGA